AUGUCCACUGCUUACAAAGAGUAUGAUAUUACUGAGCAAAUACACGACCUUCACGAGAGGCUUGUCAAUACCUUCCAGUCGGGGAAAACGAAAGAUGUGGCAUGGAGGAAAUGGCAGCUCAAACAGCUUUGGUGGAUGCUGGAGGACAAUCAAAAAGAGCUUAUGGCUGCUAUGAAAUUAGAUCUUAAUCGUUCAAGCAUAGAGUCCAUGAUAACCGACUUCGCUGGGGCCCGAAAAGACAUUUUAUACCAUCUCCAACACAUCGAUAGAUGGGCCUCAGAUGAGCCAUUAGGAGACACCUUUAUUGCAAGAUAUCUGGGCCUGGCGCAUAUACGCAAAGAACCCCUAGGUGUGGUUCUCAUCAUCGGGGCCUGGAAUUUCCCUCUACUCCUUGUCCUGCAGCCGCUCAUUGCAGCAAUAGCAGCUGGUUGUUGUGCAAUUAUCAAACCAUCGGAGCUCAUUCCAAAUAGUCAAGGCCUAUUGAAGCAAUUGAUACCGAAAUAUCUCGACGAAAGUGCUAUCGGCUUGGUUUGCGGUGGCGUGCCUGAAACCACUCUAUUGCUUGGGCUCCGGUUCCAUCACAUCUUUUUCACAGGCUCUGCACCGGUUGGUCGCAUCGUCAGUGCCGCAGCUGCGAAGCAUAUGACACCGGUGACACUGGAACUUGGCGGGCAAUGUCCAGCAAUUAUAUGCAGAUCUGCAGAUAUUGAUCGGGCAGCAAAAUGCGUGGCCUAUUCUAAAUUUCUCAAUUCCGGACAGAUAUGCCUUUCAGUGAACCACAUCUUUGUUGAUCCAACUAUAUAUGAUAAAUUUACUGAGCGCCUCAAAUAUUGGAUUAAUGAAUUCUUGGAUGGUCAACCGACGAUCGACACCGCCAUUGUGAAUCAGAAUCAUUUUGAUAGGUUGUUGAAUCUGAUUCAUGAUACUGAUGGAAGGAUCUUUUGCGGUGGAAGUGGAAACCCUGAAACUCGCAGGAUGGAGCCUACUGUGAUACUGGACGUGGAUAUAAAUGAUUCCAUUAUGAAGGAAGAAAUAUUCGGACCUAUCUGCCCAGUUCUAAAAGGUGAUUUUCGAAGUGCCUAUAAUGCGACAAAACUGAAGGGCCAGCCCCUAGCCAUUUAUAUCUUUAGCAACGAUAAACGGGAAGUUGAGGAGAUACUUGAAAAUUCGAAUAGUGGCGGCGUCACUGUUAACGACGUGAUUCUUCAUGCAGGGACUUCCGGUGCACCUUUCGGAGGAGUGGGAUCCAGUGGACAUGGAUACUACCAUGGCCCCUACGGAUUUAAUAGUUUCACUCAUCUCAGAACGAUUAUGAAUGCUCCGAGUUGGCUGGAACGGGCAUUGAGAUUUCGUUAUCCCCCAUUCAAUGCAACUGAAACCCCAAAGGCCUUGAAGCUCAAGGCGAACUUCAAACGAGGCGAGGGUAUUGAUGACCAACGGCGAAAAUCGUCGAGCGCAAUUGUUGAUAUUCGCUGUGACAUUAAUGCAGAGAUGUAA